AUGGAUGUUCAGCAAAAUAAUCACUCGAUACCUCGACCCUUGACUCUUGACUGCUUCGAAGAAAUCAUAGCAUACCUGAUUGAUGACCCUGGGACUCUCUAUUCUUGCCUCUUGGUAAAUCGACUUUGGUGUAGAAUCGCCAUUCCCCUAUUAUGGAGUCGUCCUUUUGAGUAUCAUGGAUUCGGGAAACCUGCGGCAGACAUCAUUCAAACGUACAUCUCCUGUUUGCCCGAAGGCGAAAAGCAAAUCUUGAUUGACGAAGGGUUAUUAAAGCUACCUCCUCUUCACAACCCUCUAUUCGAUUAUCCAAAAUAUUUGAAGAGCUUCGAAUCCGCUCACUUUACGGGCGCCGUCUUGUCAUGGCUAUCCAAAAGGGUCAAGUCGUGGCUUUCGCUGAUAGAGAGACAAGAAGAACACGAUGACACCUACCUUAUUCAAAACGUCAUUGGAAAUCUGUUGUUUAGUCGUAGUAGGGGUUUAAGGGAUCUGGAAAUCGUCCAUUUUGACGAGGAUGAUUAUUCCUUAAUCUCGGACAUAAUUUCGUUUGACGACGCCAAUAAAGCCUUGUCAAGGCUCGAGAAAUUUCAAUUUGAAUAUUCAGGCUGGGAGGAUCAGGGAGAAAAACCCUCGGAGAUAAUUUCGGAACUUUUCAACUUCAUGUCUCAGUGCACCCGUAACAUUCAACACAUUUGCAUAAAUAUUGACAUCUUUGAUCAAGACUCGGGAAUUUCGGAGGUAACGCGAAGCUUUGCCCGAUUAAUUGAGUCACAGAAAUAUCUAAAGGAAUUAGUCAUCUCAAAAUUUUGGUGUCCAUCAGCUGCCCCGGUUCUUUUUAAAACACUGGUUAGCCAAGCGAAUACCCUGAUCUAUUUGGAAAUUCGUGAAUUACACCAAGACCAGUUUCAAUCUCUACUGGACAUUUUGCCAGCUCUAGAAAAUCUGGAGACCUUGCAAUUCUGUAAUUUCAGCGGAGACCACGAUGAAAGUCUGAAAGUUAGCACAAGGGUGACGGGCCCUAUUAAUAUUAAACAUUUACAUUACAAAGCAAAAAAAUCUCAAGUAGACAUCGUCAAUUUCAUGGAAUCACUUCUACAAAUGGCAGGUGGAAAUUUGAGGACACUAUUAUUGGAGUGCGUUACUUCCGAACUCGUUUUUCUCAUCGGUCAAAACUGUCCGAAUCUUACGCACUUAUCAUUAUCAUUAACGACACAGGAAAUUCCAGACACCAUUUUUUCACUUCUUUCCACCAUGAAUAACCUUCAGCACUUUUCCCUCUACAUCUACUUCUCUGAUUGCCCCUUUUCGACGACCGAGGAUUUACUGCGAUUCUCACUUUCGAUACCACCCAGUUUACUCUACUUCGGUUUUUACCUUGCGAUCACUCCCGACAUCCUGGAAUACCUUCUAAAAUACUGUAGAGCGAAAUUUCAAGUGCUGGCCGUAUACAGACCAAAAGUGAACGACAACAAUUUAAUACCGGUCAUAACGAAUUAUGCGUUAAAAUAUGGGAGUUUGAGAAAAUUGUUAAUCGAUCUUGACGUCUACCAUGAUGAAUCGGAAACCGUAGAAGAGGCAAAGAAGGUCAUACCGAUUGUUGACAAGAUAAUCGACACUUCUUAUCCUUUUUCAGGGUAA